AUUCGUUUCGCCCAGAAAAAACGCAAUGUAUUACUUUCGAAAUUUAAAUAUUGUUUUUUAUACUUCGGCUUAGUUUAUAAUUGUUAGUUGAACUAAUAUCUUUACAAGAAGAAGAUUAUGAAUUACGCAGGAGAUACUUCCCCAAUUUGUGAAGAACUUCAUAGAUUUACUUUUCUAAAGCAAAUUCAACAUGAUGGUGGAUGGAAAUAUUUUGACGAUAGCGGUUUAUACGAUUCAGUUGAAAGCACAGAAUCAAAUACUCGGUCAGAUAUUUAUUUUCAUACAGAAGAGAUUACCAGGAGAAUUUUCUACAGUCAAGUUAAGAAGUUAACUCAUCUAGUUAGAGAUCGGGAAAAAAAUUUACUUUUCGUAAUUGAGAGGGAUACAGGAUCGAUUAUUCAAUUAGAUAUGAAUAAGACCAGCGAUGGGGAAAAAGAUGUAUCCGAAUUUCCAAUUUUGGCUACAGUUGAUAACGCUUGGCAAUUGUGUAAUUAUUCUAAUGAAGGGCGCCGAGUUAUCGUUUGUAUUUCGACAAUUAAAGUUUCACCCCAGACUGUUACUUAUAUUGAUGGAGAAGAUAUCAUAUGGACUGAAGAAUUCAAGGAGAGCAUAUCUCAAGCUUGCGUUUUGAACACUUUUGACGUUGUAGUUAUAACUGAUAAAAGUAUCAUUAAGUUAUCUGGUAACGAUGGAAGGAGAAUAAAGAUGAUUAUUGGUGGUUACGAAGGUUUUCAAUCUGCUAGUGGUAUUUGCUCUGUUGCAGGCGGCGGCUUUUUAGUUUCUGAUGAACGAAAUAGACAGAUUUACUCAUUUAAUAACGAUCUAGAUAGGCUGAAAACUUUAAAUUUGGAGAUUAAGCCUUCUGAUAUAUACGUAAGCGACGAAGGAAACCUCUUUAUUGCUAAAGGGAAACGCAAACCAUACACUUCUUUUAUUUAUCAUUUGCCUCAGAAUAAUAAGAAUUGA